CGAUGGCUAAUAGGAACAUCCCCAUGGAUGGAUAUGGGAGUUGACCAACUGCUUCACUCUGACAAGUUAACAGCCGCACAGUGAGAUUCGUGGAGUAGAGAUUGCUCGAGACAAUGGAGAGUGACAAAAGAUGGUCCCUCGCCGGAAAAACCGCUCUAGUAACCGGCGGUACUCGUGGUAUCGGGAGAGCAAUAGUUGAGGAACUCGCAAGAUUCGGGGCAAGAGUUCAUACUUGUUCAAGGAACCAAGAAGAGCUAAAAGCAUGCUUGGAUGAUUGGAGAUCCAAUGAUUUAAAGGUAUCCGGUUCAGUCUGUGAUGCUUCCGAUAGGGGCGAGAGGGAAAAGUUGAUGCAGCAAGUUUCCUCUGCUUCUAGCGGCAAGCUCAACAUCCUUGUAAAUAGUUUGGGGUUGGAGUCAUUACACAAUGUUGGAACUAAUGUAUGGAAUCCAACAGUGGAGUACACGAGUGAGGAUUAUGCAAAAGUCAUGUCGACCAACUUUGAAUCCGCUUUCCAUUUUUCCCAAAUCGCGCAUCCUCUUCUGAAAGCAUCUGGGGUCGGAAGCAUUGUGUUUGUUUCCUCUGUAGCUGGCCUGGUGUAUGCUAGUGCUGGACCUAUCUAUGGUGCAACAAAAGGAGCAGUUAAUCAGCUUACAAGGAAUCUAGCUUGUGAGUGGGCAUGCGACAAUAUCAGAACCAACUCCGUGGCGCCAUGGUACAUCAAGACCUCAUUUGUUGAACCGUUAUCUCUCCACUAUGCCCUCAAAAUAAAUGAUAAAGAGUUUAUGGGCGCCGUGGUUAACCGGACCCCACUUGGUCGAGUUGGAGAACCAGAGGAAGUUGCUUCGCUGGUUGCUUUCCUCUGCCUUCCCGCUGCCUCUUACAUCACCGGACAGGUCAUUGUCGCUGACGGAGGAUUCUUCAAUUACGCCAAUGAAGCCUAAACCUCGCAUCGGAACUUUACUAAUAAAGCAAGAAUCUGUAGUAGUAACAUUCUCGCAACUUUUUGUUUAGUGCCUAAACCUUACAAACAGUUCAGAGCUUGUUUUAGAGGCCCCCAACUAUUAGCCCUUGUAUUUUGUACUAUGAUAAUGCCUGUCAAGGUCUUUUUCCUUUACUC